GUGAAUAGAGGCAACACUGCAGGUCAGCACUCGCAGAGCGAACUGCCUUAUAUUGAGAUCCAGUGCAAGCUCCAGUGCACUCCUUUAAAUAAGGAAUUUGUGUUUUUUGAUACGUAUUUUAAUUUGUAAAGCAGCAAAAGGCAAAAUGCGCACGAAGAGCGGCUGUCUCAGUUCCCUGCUAUUUAUUUUAAGUUCGUCCAUUUCUUGCUGUCCAGCUGUUGAGAACACUAAAUGUGGACUCAGGUGUUCGCAGGGACUACAGUGCAAAAGCAAAAACCUGACUUUCAGUGAGCAGCGCAGUAGUUGCCAUCAACCUCCAUCAUCCCUGCCCUCCAAAGUUUUGGAGGAUCUCAAAAUAUUGACAGUGUUGAAAUGCAUAAAAGAGCGGCAAUGUUCCAUACACCUGAAAGCUAAAGGGACAUUGAUUCUUGAUGAACAUAUCCGUGGUGUGGAAAUAUGCUCUCUUUCAGUGAAGACCUUACAGUACCAAUGUGUUGUUGUGAAAUUCAAUAAACAUGGAUAUAAGAAGUUUAUAGGACAUCCUGUACAAAUUGAAUAUGACUGUUUCACUGCUGAAGUGUCUGAAUAUGCUUAUGUGACACUUAAGACAAUCCCUUACUAUUGUGAUGUCUUCAUAAAACGGGAGCACCAAGUAGGAGAUUGCAAUGAGAAAGAUAUUGGAAAAAGUAUCUCAACCUGUAUAGCUGGCAAAUUAGACUAUGUUAUUGACAAAAAACAGAAGACAUUAUCUGUUCAAGUUUCUAACUUUGUAGAAGAUCAUGCCUACCAUGUGCGUUUGUGCCACAAAUGGUUUACCUGUGAAGAUUUGGGAAUCAGUGCAUUGAUUAAAGUCCAAGAUUCCAAAGAAGUCACCUUGCCAUACUCUCGGAUAUUGCCAUGUUUGUGUAUUGAGGGCUGGUCAGCAUUGCCUGAUGCCAGAAGGGCACAACUUUGUCCAUUUAAAAACUGUAAGUCACAGAGCUUAACUUUUUAA